AUGUCCAGCAUCACUGACCCUAAACGUGACUUCGAAACUCACGAGAAGGGUGUCAUCCAGCAUGAGACGCUCAACGACAAAGAGGCUUUAGAAGCCUCGUAUGAGGCUGAGAACCGCGAGCAUGACAUGGGUCUAUGGGAAGCCGUCAGAGACUACCCUAUGGCCUGCUUCUGGGCGUUCAUCUUCUGCUUCACUAUUGUCAUGGAAUCGUUCGACAUGUUCCUGAACGGUAACUUCGUUGCUCUAGCCGCUUUCAAGAAAAGAUACGGUGUCGAGGUAGACGGAGCGUUUACCAUCCCUACAAAAUGGCAGAGUUCCCUCUUCCAAGCUGGCCAGUGCGGUGCCUUCAUUGGCGUCUUCCUCGCUGGACCCAUCACCAACCGCAUUGGUUACCGAUGGACUACCCUCCUGGCGCUGGUUCUCAUGAAUGCUACCAUCUUCAUCUCUUUCUUCGCCGACUCGCUCGAGGUCCUCGUUGUUGGACAGGCCUUUGAAGGUGUCCCAUGGGGCAUGUUCAUCGCCAACUCUCCCGCCUACGCAUCUGAGGUCGUUCCCCUCGUCCUUCGUGGUGCUUGUACCGCUACUCUGCAGAUGUCUUGGUCUAUUGGAAGCAUCAUCGUCGCUGCCGCCACCUACAGCUUCAACAAGCGUAACGACGAAUGGGCAUGGCGCGGACCCCUUGCACUCCAAUGGGUCUUCCCUCUUCCGCUGAUGGUUCUUAUUUUCUUCGCGCCCGAGUCUCCGUGGUGGCUUAUGCGUCACGGUCGCAGGGAGCAGGCUCUCAAGUCUGUCAAGCGUCUUGGCCGCAGGAACGGAACUCAGGCUUCUGCUGAGGAGACAAUUGCUAUGAUGGAGCGAACUGUGAAUAUCGAAGCCCACCUGGGUGGUGAGCCCAGCCUCUUGGAUCUCUUCAAGGGUGUCGACCUCAGGCGAACAGUCAUCACCUGCUUGAUCUACGCAUCUCAGAACUUCGCCGGUAAUCUGAUCGCCAACCAGGCUACUUUCUUCUUCGAACAGGCUGGCAUGUCGACCGACUUCUCUUUCAAGCUCAACCUCAUCAAUUCCUGUCUUCAGCUCGUUGCCAACGCUCUGUCAUGGCCACUCAGCGCCUACCUUGGUCGCAGGACAAUCUUCCUUGGCGGUGCUUUCGUCAACAUGAUUCUGCUCAUCAUCCUCGGUAUCUGCGCCACGAUCUCGCAGAGUUCUGCGACAAACUACGCUCAGGCUUGCCUCGGUGUAAUCAUCUCUUUCGUCUUCGCCGGAUCUCUUGGGCCCAUCUCGUACUCCAUCAUUGCUGAGACUUCUUCCAUCCGUCUUCGUCCUCUGUCCACCGGUGUCGGUCGUGCCGCCUACUACGUUGCUGAGAUCCCUAUGAUCUACCUCUCCUCGCAGAUGCUCAACCCCACCGGAUGGAACAUGGCCGGCAAGUGCGGAUACAUUUGGGGAGGAACAGCUUUUGUCUGUCUUGUUUCUGCAUACUUCGGUCUUCCUGAGAUGAAGGGCCGCUCUUACCGUGAGCUCGAUAUUCUGUUCAAGCGCAAGGUUUCUGCCAGGAAAUUCAAGUCCACCGUCAUCAAAGUCGAUGAGAACGAAUAA